AAGUCCAUAUAAUUUAUAAACUGAAAUAAAAAUUUGAACUGAAACUGAUAUAAAAGCAGGCAUGAGGUUGAAAGGAAGGAAGAAAAAUGCCUGAUUUAAAUGUUUGAUUAAAUGAUUUACAGAUUAUAUUGCUUCCAAUUCCACGCCCAGAGUCAUCAGGCUACCUUCGAAAAAAUCUCUGUCUUUGCUAGAGAACAAAAAAAAAGAAAAUGUUGAUAAUAUAUAUGAGGUGUAUGAAUGACAUUGUGCCGUCUGUAUUGUUAAGGAAAGAAUUGUCAAAGAAAGAGUUUUGUGCAUAAUGUAUAUAAAUCUCACACAUAAACAUUUGACAAUCUCACAAAUAAAUAAUUUAUCUUUUGAAAUUCAAAUAUCACUUUUUUUUCUGAAAAGUUUCAAUAUUUUUACACAAGGUUUCAAGUCUGCAUGAAAUGAAAAUUCAAUUAAAUUUUCUGAAUUUUAGUUUUAUAUUUUAUUUAAUUUUAAAUAUUAUUCUGAACAAUAAAUUUGACUUUUUUUGAACUUGUAAUUUUUUUAAAUUACCAUUAUGUAACUUUGCAAAGAAGAUUAUAUAUAAACAGGCAUUGAAAGAGCAAGUUUGUUAUAGAAAGCCUUGUACAAAGGAGGACUUUUGGACAUUCAGCAUUUAUGGAUAAAGAAUUUGCCACUCAGAAUAUAAAGUUCUGAGUGUACAGUAUCACAUUUACUAUAAAAUUUAUGAAUAAAGGAUUCGACAUUCAGAAUUAUAACGCUUACAAAACUGUGGACAUUCAGCAUUUAAUUAUAAAGAACCUGACAUUCAGGAUUAUAAAGUUGACAAAAUUGUGGAUAUUCAGCAUUUAUGAAUAAAGAAUUUGAUACUCAGAAUUCUAAUGUUUAUGGAAUUGUGGAAGUUGGAAUUUACAAAUAAAGUUCCCAUUACAAUAAUAAUAAUAAAAAAACGCUUUUCAAAAUAUAUGGUCUUAUUAAAAUCACUAUUACUAUUUGUAUGCAAAUAAAAUUACACUUUAAUGCCUUCUGGUGGUGAGUGUUACCUACAGUAUCUUAAUCACAGGAACUGAUGUGCAGUCUCCAUCCGCUCCACCAGACGGCAGCCUGAGACUCUCAGAUAACAACACCUGCAGACAGCUUCAGUACAGAUACUGCAGAUGACAACUCUGUGAAAGACUCUUAAUUGUAAGAAGCAUCAGCUCGAGCUCUGAGAGGAUUUCUGUCGUCUUCUCUCUUCUCUGGUGGAGUGCAUGUAAAUGAUGGAAACAUUGGUGACGUUCCUCCUCACUGGAUCUCUGAUACAAGGUGUUUUGUGUGGCUUCAGUAUCAAUCUGCCAAACAGAGUAGAAGCUCUAAAAGGAUCCUGUGUUUUCAUACCCUGCACAUUUGAUAUUGAUCAACAAUAUGAACAUUUACUCACUGAUAGUGCAAAGAGAAAAUGGUUUAAAGGCAAUAUCCUCCAGUUUGACUCCAGCAGCCCCAACACUGGACUGUUAAAAGGAGAAAUAUUUGGCACUGCUACACAGAAAAACUGCAGCACACGCUUCGAUAAUGUCAAUCAGAGUCAUGAUGGGUCAUAUUACUUCAGACUUGAAGCCAGCGGUAAUUUGCAAUAUAACUACAAAGAACGUCUAUACACCCAAGUUGAAAUUUCGGUCUUAGGAUCUUCACCCAAACCCACACUGAGAGUCUUUAAGGAUCAGCAGGAGGUGAUGGAGACGGUGGAGGUGAUGGAGGGAAGUUCAGUGAGUCUGCGCUGCUCUACUAAGAUCUUCUGUCCAUCUCGUCCACCGUCUCUCACAUGGAGCUCAUCUCUCAAUGAGAACAUCACAGGACGGCAGUAUCAGAACCAAACUGAGCUCAUCUCUGAUCUGAACUUCACUGUUUCUCACCGUCAUCACGGAGUCACUUUCACCUGCUCUGCAACACACCAGCUACAGAAGAAGAUCACAACACAAGAGUCCCGUGUGCUACGAGUUCAGUAUGCUCCUAAAAACACAUCAGUGAGGAUAAACCCAGCUGGUUUAGUUCUGGAGGGUCGUUCAGUGACUCUGAGCUGCAGCAGUGAUGCAAACCCAGCAGUGAACUACACCUGGUACAGAGACACUGAAGAACUCCUGAAUCCAGUUCAGACCGGAGCAAACCUGACCAUCAACAACACUGACCCGACACACAGAGGACGAUACUACUGUAGAGCUGAGAACAAACACGGCACUCAGAACACAUCAGUGCUGCUGGACGUCCAGUUUGCGCCCAAAAUCUCCAGCUCUUGUAGCCGAAACAGUGUAAUCGCGUGUGUCUGUGAGGCUCAUGGGAAUCCCUGCCCUACACUAGAGUGGCGUCUGUCUGGACAUGUGCUCGCUAACUCUACAGAAACCUCCAUCAGUGAGGAGACGCUAGGAAGCACAGGAGUGAAGAGCGUCCUGACCACCCGUCAGUCCCUCACAGACACGGACGUCCUGCAGUGUUUCAGCUCAAACACUUACGGCAGAGCGAGUCAACAGUUUCAGGCCGUCCCAUCAACACAAGAGACAAGUUUCCAUCAUCCAUCAGUGCUGCUCGGAGCUGCUGUCGGCGCGUCAGUGAUGAUGAUCGUGUGCAUCGUGAUGCUCUGCUGUGAACGAAGAAGGAAAGAAAAACCUUCAGAAACCAGACAAGACGACACAUCUGGACUCAUUCUGACUCAAACUGCCGUUGCUCUGGAUGAUGACGGCCAGUUUGUUUACGCCAAUAACGGCAUGCUGUCAUCCACCGCACCGAGUUCACCAGAAUCUCUUCAUUAUUCCUCCAUCGUCUUCACAAACACUGAACCGCCGUCAGGAGAGAUCACGGGCAUCGCCUCGCUGACCAGUGAAUACGCUACGGUCCGACACCGUCCUGCAGGAGCCACAGACACAGAGAACAACACCUCAACAUCUGAGACAGAGCCUAAAAAACAAGACGUGACAGCAGAGAUCACAGACACCUCAUCACCAGCAUCAGAAGAUAUGAUUUAUGAAAACACGAGCCAUCGCUACAGACAGAAGGAACCGCUGAUCAGUGCAGAUGAUGCUGAAAAGCAAGACUGAACCAAAACCUUAAAAUCUGUGAGCUCCACAGUGAUUUUUAGAGCGAUUUAAAGGAUCAUUCAUCCAAAAAUUAAAAUUACAAACCUAUAGAACUUUCUUCAUAGGGCAGUUCCUUCAUCACAGAAUCAGAAAUGCCACUAUUUUGGCUCAUUUCGGGUUGGAGUGACUGCCAGACGUCUGAAAGUAAGUUUUGAUUGAGUAACUUGUAGAUCUGUGCUGCUCGAGCCACAAACUGUUUCAGACUCUUCAGUCUGAUUUGGUGAACUGGUUCAACUAGUUCACUAAAUAAAACCGCAUCAAAAGAAUGAUUUGUUCAUGAACCAGACAUCACUCCAGCCUGUCUGAGGCAUUACAGGUAAUAAAGUUGUAAAUAAUCUAAUUCAGUAAUCCAAUCCUGUAUAAUUUAUUUUUAUUAUGUAUUUUAUUAUACACCAAUGUAUUUUAUAUCUUACUCAAAAUAUAUUUAUUUUUAUUACAUUUUUAAUUACCAAUUGUGUUUUAAGACAUGUGCAUAAGCUUAAUUAAAUGUCUCUGAAAAAGUAAUAGCCUACAAUGUCUAAUAAUUAUAAUACUAAUACUACUACUACUAAUUUUAAAAGUCCAUAUAACUGAUGAACUGAGUUAAAAAUUGAAUCUGAAGCUGAUAUAAAAAUGAAGCAGGUAUGAAGAGCUCCCAGUGUAACGUGGGGACACGACAACAGGGUUGGAGGAUCCAUGUGCAGGCUAGUAGUCAGACAGGCAGGGUCGAACACCAGCAAACAAUAUCAUCCAAGGCAGAGGCAAAAGAGUAGUCCACAAACAGCAGCGAACCAUCAUUAAAAAAGGAAACAACACCCAGUCUGAUAUGUCUUGAAGAAAAACAUCUUAUUCAAAUGUUAGAUUAAAUUAUUUACAGAUUGUGUCUCUUCCAAUUCCACACCCAGAGCCAUCAGGCUUCCUUAGAAAAGAAGAUUCCCUGAUUUUGAGGAGUAUGAAUGACACUCUGCAGUCUGUAUAGUUAAGGAAAGAGUUUGUUAGGUUUUGAGCAGAAUGCAUAUAAAUCUCACAAAUAAAUAUUUUAUCUUUUGAAAUUCAAAUACCAAAAAUAUGGGUAAAAUGUGACUUAUUUCUGACAAGUUUCAAUAUUUUUACCCGGUUAAGGCUUCAAGAUGGCAUGAAAUGAAAAUCCAGUUCUAUUCUAUUAACUUUGCAAACAACUUAUAUAAAAACAGGCAUUAAAAGAGCAAGUGCGUUACAGAAAGCCUUUUACAAAAGAGAAGUUCUGGACAUUCAGCAUUUAUGAAUAAAGAAUUUGACAUUCAAAUUUGUAAAGUUCAGAAGAAGAAGAACAACAUCCGAAGAAGAAGGUCAAAUCAUCAAGUGAAUCCAGCCCUGAUGCUCCAAAUUUGUAGUAUUUAUGGAAAAAAUGAAGUUGAUUGGGUUCUCUUUAGUUUUGUAGAAAGAUCUUUGGAGAAUAGGCAUGAUUAGAUAGAUUUGAUUUAUGUCCUGUAAAUAUUCCCAUUACAAGAAAAACAGCAUUUAAAAAUAUAUUGUUUUAUUCAAAUCACGUAAACUGUAUAUAAGCACACAAAAUAACACUUUGGAGCACUCUGCUGCUGAGUGUUACUUAUCAUGAUGAGACAAACGGAAGAGCAGUUUUCUGGUCGCUCCACUAAGCUGCAGAAGUGGCUUUACUUUCAGCUCAAGACCUUCAGAUCAACAUUGAAAGACUGUUACAAAACAGAAUUUGAAUGAGCCAUUUAUAACCGCACCAUCCAAUAAACAAAUAAAAAAAAUGCAAGCUGACAUCCUCUGAACCACAAGGUUUUUGAUAUCUUAACUGGGUUAUUUUUUUUAAAUUAUGAAUAAUAAUAGGCCUAUAUCCACCUGGACCUGCUGGGGAAUAAUAUGUGUGUGUGUGUGUGUGUGUGUAUAUAUAUAUAUAUAUAUCAUCAGUUAUCAGCUAAGACCCACUGAACUGUUCCAUUCACCAGAUACUCACCUUCCAUUCUCUCCUCACGAUCUGCAUAUCACCUGUCAAUAAACCAUCCUGUAUCACUUA